UCAGUAUGCGACGUCGCUUGUAACGUACGUAUAUUACAGGGCUGUUUGGGUUCUGUUGUGUCCCUUAGUAGCUUCAAGAAUGGAUAAAAAAUUGGAGACGGAUAACCUGGAAAUGCGUCUUCAGGCGCUGGAGAGUCAUAUAUACGGCGAGAGAAGAAACAAAAGUGGAAAACCCGUUAAGUGUGCUGAGUCUUUGGCCAGGAUUCAGGCAGGUCUGACCAAUACGGCCAACAAGAGAGAACGAGUCAAGAUCCUGCACAAGAAGAUUGAGGACCUGCUGAAGUACCUGGACCCCCAGUUCACCGACCACAUCACUGUACCUGACGCCAUGAAGCUGGAGUUCAUUCUUGCUGAGGAGGACUUCCUGCUUUCUCAGGCUUCUUUGCUGGAGCAGGUCAGCAACUUGCAGCCGUUGCUGGACAGCACCUACAUCAGAGACGUACCCGAACAUGCCACUAAGCUGCAGCGCCUGUCACAGAUUCACAUCAAAGAGCAGGACCAAACUGAGGCUCAGUCCCAGGAAGUGAAGAAACUUUUUGAGGAAUACAACAAAAUGAUGUUCCUGCUGUCCAAGCAGUUCACCCAGUGGGAUGAGACCCUGAGGAAGCUGGAGGAGGCCAAGGGCAUACGGCCUGUGGAGUAGCUACUGUCAACACACGCACUUCUGAAGAGGUGAUGACGAGGAAGACUGCAUUGUGGUGGGAGCUUUAGAUCUUCCAUGAACAUAAGUGAGACCAAAGGAUCACAAAAUUUCACUGCUAAUCAAUUUGAAUUUAAUUGAAUCAGGCGAUAUAACUUUGAUCUCUCAUAUGACUCAUCAGUCGUCCGGGUGGAGCUCACUCCCAUCACAUGCCAUGUAGCUCAGACAGCUCAGAGAUGCUGCUGUUAUUUAUUUUCAGACUUCAGACUGCUCGCAUAUUUACCCUUUACUUGUAACACAUUCCAACUCUGCUUCCCUACUGCAAGCUAGUCAGUCCCAAGACUUGAUUCCGUGUCCUUCACUCAUUCUCACACACACAAACACACACACACACCCCCACACCCUCAUCAAGGCUUUAGAUUUUCUCUCUGGAUUUGUAAAAACUUAAAAUUAGCUUAAUUAUUCUUUCCAAUAUUCUGGUUUUAAAAUGUUAUAUAUGUGUCAUGUGUCAUACAGCAUGACUGCGGUUAAUACAAUAAAUAUUACUUAUGUCUUUGA